UGUUCUGUAUGUAGGAGCCAUUAUGAUUUAUUGCGAAUGUGGUUAAAUCAUAUAAUUAGUGAUAGAUAUAAUGGAUAUAAUUAACAAGUGUGAAGUAGUUAUGAAUGAAAAAUUAGAAAGUGUGUUAAAUAAUGCAUUAUUUUGUACCAAAAGGAAUUAGUAGAGUAAUACAUCUUAUAUGUGAAAGAGAAUUGAAAAAAUAAUCUGUUGUUAAAGGUUAUUAAGAGCAUGAGGAAAAUGAUUAAUAAGGUGCAAAAGCAAAUGUAAUGUGUCAAAGUUUUAAUGGUUAAUUGAAUACACUUAAUUUAUAAUUUAAAAAAAGGAUUGUCCCAACAGGUAUAUUAUAAAAUAAAAAAUGGGAAAAGUUCAUACUAGUAAAUUUUUGCUGUUCUGAUUAUCAGAAUAAUAUGCUAUAUAUGUUGAGCUUUGCAUCUUUUCUUAAAAAUUACUUUCAAGGGAAAUAAUUUUGCAAAUAAAAAUGACAGAUCCCUCAAUGAUGAAUACGGAUCAGCCAUACUGUUGGAAUACCGAGGUGUUUCAACAGAACACACAAUAUUAUCCAACUCCUCAGAUAUCGAAUUUUUCUGACUAUUCUCAACCUCCCAAUUUUAAUUCGUCAUAUUCCUACAGUGUACCUCCUCCAAAUAUUUCUCUUGAUAUAUCAAAUAUUCCUUCUUCAACUAUAUCAAAUGUUUCCCCUGAUAUUAACUUGACAAAUUCAAUGUACUAUGCAUCUAAUACCUACCAAAAUGAAACCAAUUUCUCCAAUAAUAUCCCUUAUCAGAACCAAAUGAAUUCACAGUGUGGCGAUCAGUAUUAUGGCAGAAUGGAUUCUGCACAAGAAUAUAUGAAUGAAAAUUAUGUCAACUGGAAUACGAAAUCUGAAAAUGUAUACAAUAAUAAUACUGGUAAUGAAUGGUACUCUAACUCUUCCACGAGUUGGACAACAUAUGCAUCUACUUCAUGGUAUGAUACAACUACAACGAAGUAUAAUGACAAAGAGAAAUUACAUCUAACGCAAACAUAUGAUGCAUCGCAAAGAAUGAAAAAAUGGAGGCAUAAUAACAAAAAAAUGUCCAAGCAUGCAGUUAGCAAACAGAGAUCUAAAAGUCCACAUAGUACGCAUGAGAAAGUAUAUAAAUCACAAUAUGAAGAUUACAGAGACAGAUAUCGUCAUCAUAAUAGGGAAAUAUCUAAUUUGAGAGACUCUUCACACGAUAGCAAGCAUUUUGAAAAAUCUAAACAACAUGGAAGUCAUACAUCUUGCUCAGAAGAAUCAUACAUAAGCAAUAGAAGUAGGAAAAGAUCGAAAUCACGGGAGUCUCAUUUAUCCAAGGACACUAUACCAACUAAUAACGGUAAACGGACAAAAGGUCUUACUGAAAGAGAGAUAUUGUUAGAGAAGUAUAGGCGUAAUUAUUGUGCAACGAGUAAGGACAUAAAGCGAAAACUAAAUGAAUUAUCAGUAUUGGGAUCUAAGGGUUUACUUGAAAGUGAAAAAAAGAUUUGGACACGCACAUCACCAGCGGAUUUGUAUUAUGUCAGGGAUGAAAAUAAUUCAAAAAUAGUGAAAAGUACUUUGAAGCUGCAAGAAUUAUGUGUAACAUUUAAGAAAGUGUUAAUAGACAGAGCAGCUGCAGCGAGAGAAUUGCAGCCACCUUAUGAACCACCUCCAAGAAAAACAAGAGCACGUCUUUGCCGUCAUAAAUCUGAAGCUUGCAGUAGCAGCUCUUCAUCCGAUAGUGAUAAUUCUAUGGAUGAAGAUGACAGAACAAUGGAAGAAUUAAUGGCAAAGAAACAGCAUCCACAAAGAUUGCAUCCUGAAAUGUGGUUUAAUGAUCCUGGCGAAAUGAAUGAUGGUCCAUUAUGUAGAUGCAGUGCAAAAUCAAGACGUUCAGGUAUAAGACAUGGAAUCUAUGCUGGAGAAGGUGCGAUAAACAAGUGCGAUCUAAAUACGAACAAUGCAGAUAAAUUAUAUCAUUAUAGAAUAACCAUUAGUCCACCGACAAAUUUUCUUACAAAGACACCGACGAUUAUUAAACAUGACGAACAUGAAUUUAUAUUUGAAGGCUUCUCCAUGCUUUCUCAUUUCCCAUUGGUUAAGUUACCUACAUGCAAAGUUAUAAGAUUUAAUAUUGAAUAUACAAUUCUAUAUAUAGAAGAGAAAUUGCCGGAAAAUUUUACAAUACAGGAACUAGACUUCUUUCAGACAUAUUUAUUUAAAGAGAUUUUGGAACUUGUAGAUUUUGAUUUACACGCAGCUCAGGACAAAUCUGGCUGCGGGCAGUUUCAUUUUAUGCCAAGAUUUGUACGUGACUUAACUGACAAUGGUCAAGAGAUUCUAUCAAUAAACGAAGUUCUGAAUUAUUUGAUAAAGAGUAGUACUCUCUUAAUAGAUCCAGACAAUCUAUCAAGAUUAGUGGCGAUGCCACAAUAUAAAUGGCAAGAUUUUGCUGACGAGGUAAAGGGGAUGGUCGUGACUUAUCCAGGGAAGAAACCGUGCAGCGUUCGUGUUGAUCAGUUGGAUAGAAAUCAAGAAGAAUUGUGCAAUAAGACACCGCUUGCUUAUCCUGAGAUAGUUCAUUUUGGUAUCCGUCCACCACAACUUAGUUACGCAGGAAAUGCAGAUUACCAAAAAGCCUGGAGAGAUUACGUGAAAUUUCGACAUCUACUCGCAAACAUGUCGAAACCAUCCUUCGAAGAUAAGAGAAAAUUAGAGGCAAAGGAAAAUAAGUUGCAAGAGUUACGUACUCAGAGCAAAAUGAAGCGCGAUGUCACGGUCGAUGUUAGCUCCGAAGGAUUUUACAGAACUGGCAUUAUGUGCGACAUUGUACAACACGCGAUGUUGAUACCAGUACUAGUCUGCCAUCUGAGAUUCCACAAAUCUCUGGAUAAUCUAGAACGCACGUUGGGAUACGAAUUUAAGAACAGGUAUCUACUCCAGCUAGCUCUCACGCAUCCCAGCUACCGCGAGAAUUUUGGCACAAAUCCGGAUCACGCGCGGAAUUCUUUGACAAAUUGUGGCAUAAGACAGCCCGAGUACGGCGACCGCAGGAUCCAUUAUAUGAACACGCGUAAGCGCGGUAUCAACACUCUAAUAAACAUAAUGUCCAGAUUCGGCGCGAAAACGGAAACGGAAUCAUCGAUAGCGCAUAAUGAACGGCUAGAAUUUCUUGGUGACGCGGUUGUCGAGUUCCUUACUUCCAUUCACCUCUUCCACAUGUUUCCGGAUUUGGAGGAGGGCGGUUUGGCUACUUACAGAGCAGCAAUUGUGCAAAAUCAGCAUCUCGCCGUAUUGGCGAAGAAACUGAAUUUAGAAGAGUAUAUGCUUUAUGCUCACGGUAGCGACCUCUGUCACGACUUGGAGCUAAGACAUGCAAUGGCGAAUUGCUUCGAAGCGUUGAUGGGUUCACUAUUUCUUGACGGAGGAAUAGAAGUGGCUGACCGGGUUUUUGGGGAGACGCUUUUUAAAGGUGAAGAGGAUCUUGCCAAAGUUUGGGUCAAUUAUCCACGACAUCCUCUUCAAGAACAGGAACCGACAGGAGAUAGACAAUGGAUUUCCAGCUUUGAACUGUUACAGAAAUUGACCAAGUUCGAGGAAUCAAUCGGAAUAGAAUUCACUCAUAUUCGUCUUCUUGCUAGAGCGUUCACAGAUCGUAGUAUAGGAUAUACUAAUUUAACAUUAGGAUCUAAUCAACGACUAGAGUUCCUAGGAGACACUGUGUUGCAGCUUAUCGUUUCUGAAUACUUGUAUAAGUACUUUCCGGAACAUCAUGAGGGACAUUUAUCAUUAUUGCGAAGCUCUCUCGUAAAUAAUAAAACGCAAGCGGUUGUUUGUGACGACCUCGGUAUGACUCAAUAUGCGCUUUAUGGGAAUCCAAAAGCUGAAUUGAAAACAAAAGACAGAGCAGAUUUAUUAGAAGCUUUUCUUGGCGCACUUUAUGUCGAUAAGGGUUUAAAGUAUUGUCAUGUAUUUUGUGAUGUAUGCUUCUUCCCACGUUUACAAGAUUUUAUUAUGAAUCAAGACUGGAAUGAUCCAAAGAGCAAAUUACAACAGUGUUGCUUAACUUUAAGAACUAUGGACGGUGGUGAACCAGAUAUUCCUGUGUACAAAGUCAUCGAGUGUAAAGGACCAACUAAUACAAGGGUUUAUACAGUCGCUGUAUAUUUCCAAGGAAAACGUUUAGCUACGGCUUCAGGACAUAGUAUCCAAGAAGCGGAAAUGAAUUCUGCCAAAGAAGCUUUAGAAAAAUCACAAGAUUUAUUCCCGCAACUGGAUCAUCAAAAACGUGUAAUAGCAAAAAGUAUGAAGAUGCAACAAUGGCCGAACAAACAGAGGGUAAAAGGAAAAUCUGAAAAAAGAUCAUAUGACAGAUCCGAUGAUUCUGAUUGUAGCCAAAGUCGGAGAAAAAGUCGUAGUAGGGAGCGUAUUACUCCAAAAAAAAGAGAAACUUAAUUUCUUACUAUUGUUGUUAUUGAUAUAAUAAAAAUAUCAUGAUUUUCAUAGAGAAAAAUACACAGAACAUAAUAUGAACAUUUUUACAGUUUUAUAUGU